AUGCGGAACCCAUCUCAGUUAUUCCUCCUUGCUGAUCACAUCAAAUUGUCGCUGUUGGAGCGACAACGAGCGAUCUCGCUGAAUCUGGAGCCCAAUAGUCAGGAUGGAGAAAUCUCCCGCUCUUUAGAGUCUCUACGGGAAGGCAUUGAAUCGGUAGAAUCGGAAGUAUCGCGUCUGGAGGAAGCGAACGAUGAUGCCGCCACUGAUCUUAAAGAUCAACUCUAUCAUCUGCAAUCACAAUAUCGAGACCUUGCAUCCCAGUUUCACGAACAAGACGAUUCGGUCUUGGACUCGGAUUUCAGUAAUGUCAAGAAGUCAUCUCCCGACCUGAAACAGCCUAUUCCACAGCAUCCGCCUUCGAAGUCUGUCCGAUUCAUGGAUUCCGCAGCAGAAGAGGCUGAUGAAAAUCGUCGCAACCUCUUUCAGCCAUACCGCGACUCUCCUUCUCCAAGUCCGGACCUCUCCAACAUGUCCAACCAACAGAUAUACGACCAUCACGCUGAGACCCUCCGCGAGCAGGAUGAACAAUUGGAUCGGCUGGGGGAGUCAAUCGGGCGACAGCACCAGCUCAGCAUUCAGAUUGGCGAUGAGCUGGAGGGACACGUCGCACUGCUUGAUGGCAUGGAUGGCGAUGUCGACCGGCACCAGAGACGACUGGAUGGCGCGAGAAAACGGCUGGAUAAGAUCAGAAAGAGGGCGGGUGAGAACUGGAGUUUGAUGACCAUCAUUGGUCUGAUUAUCAUUCUAGUCAUUCUGAUUGUGAUCUUGAAAUGA